GACCGUUUCUCUUCCAAUCCAGACAAAAGGAUCCGCGGCCGCGCGCACUGAGCCGACCAUCUGAGCACCUUUGGAGACGCUAGGGGUUUGAUCCGUAGCGCAAGAACGCACCAGCACACCGACAGGCACGCCCUCCAGGUCCACCUGAAACCUUCAAGCCGGUUAAUUGACCUGUUGGAAGGCCGAGUAAAGAUAAUCUGAGCCCCGGUUCAAUCGCAGCCAGAACACCGUGUUCCCAUGAUGUCAUACCUGUGGAUUCUGCUAUUAGGAAGCCUGCUGGCGGCAAGCGCCAAGGCACAAGAUGAUGCAGCCCCAACAGAGGUGGCAGCAGCUCUUGAGACCCCGGUCCCUCAAGCAGAUGCAGCACCAGAGGUCAAUGAAGAAACCGCCGAUGACGAGGAAACUGACCAUACAGCCAAGGAAAAACUGACUCCAACUGAGCCUGAUACUGAACCUGAACCUGAACCCGAGCCCGAGCCCGAGCCCAAGCCUGAGACUGAGCCCGAGCCUGAGCCUGAACCCGAGCCUGAGACUGAGCCUGAACCCGAGCCUGAGCCUGAGCCAGAGCCAGAGCCAGAGCCUGCUGCUGACCAUGAAGAUGGAGCCGAUGAACCAGUGACUCCUGCGGUUGAAGACACAGAACCAGCGACUGCUGCACCUGAGGAAGCCGAACCAGAAACAGCAGACACUGAGGCAGACGCAGCUGCAACACCAGAGCCUGCAGCGGAUCCAGAGGUUAAGGAUCCAAAGGCUAAUGGAGAGGAGGAAGCUACCUCAAGCAUUGGUGCAACACCUGCUCAGGAGGAGAGUGGACCUAAUGCCACAGAAGAUCCAGCUGUAGCAGAUGAGGAAACCCUUACUGAUCCAGCUGGUGAUGAAACUGUAGGACCACAAGUGGAGGUCCCUGUCCCUACAAUUACAGAGACGAUUGUUAAUAAGGUGAAUGCAGAUGGAGGAUUUAACCUGGAGGCGGCAGGAGGAGAGAAUGCAGUGAACAGCCAAGGACGGAGCCGUUCUGGGGCACAUGUUGCUGGCGCCAUAGGAGAUGCAGACAAGUCUAAACCCAACGGGGCCAGCUCCAGCCCUUUAGUAGGCAUCGUGGUUGCAAUUGGUGUGGCUGUAGUGGCAGCAGUCGUUGGAUACUUCACCUUUCAGCAGAAAAAGCUGUGCUUCAAAAAUAGACAGGAAGCGGAUCCAGAAGCUGCACGCAAAGCUGAUACAGCAGAGGCUCAGGCAGAUCCCCAAGUCCUAAGCAACCUGCUGAACUCCUCCUAGACCAGCAAUGAUCGCAUGACUGCCUAGACCAACUACUGGCAAGCAAAGUGGCAAUCUCACUGUUAGGCUCUAUCUUUUGUAGAGCUAAAUUACUGUGAGGCCCCAGAGUAGGGCUGUGUGUGUAUGUGAAUGUAUGUUGGUCUGUGUGAGCCUGUGCGUGUCUGUGCGUGUCUGUGUGUGUGUGUGUGUGUGUGUGUGUGUGUGUGUGUGUGUGUGUGUAAAGUAAAUAUAUGUGAACCUUAGGGGUUGUAUGAUUGUUAGAAUAUAGGAAUGUAUUAAAUGAUUGGACAAACUUUCUACUUCGAACCAAAUCCAACAUUUUUUUAAGAGUGGACAUUAAAGGGAUUAAAUCUCAAAUUAACCAUAAAGUGGCUAAAUUAUAGAACUGCCUUUUUUAUUGUAUUUGUAUGGCUACUAUCCAGUUCUAGUUAUUCAGUGUGAGUAUAAACCAGUGACAGUCAUGGAUGUUGUAGACGUUUAACUUUGUACUGAAUUCUUAAAAGUAGAUUUAUUUCUUGUUAUGCUAAUUCUGUUGUUGUUUGAGCCACACAUGUGAUUUUUAAAAUCAAUUGGCAACAGUCACUUAAGUAAAACGUUUGUUUCUUUUUGUAAUUGUCUGCAGUACAUAUGCAGGGUAGAUAGAUAACAGGGGGCUUCAAUAACUACCACUGUAUUUCCUGGAUUCUGGCGAGGAAAAAAUAGUAUAGGAUUAUAGGUGGGCCACUGAUAUCACUGUAUGUGUGUGUGUUUGUGUGUGGGUGUCUUUUUUGGGUUGGUGAAGGGGCUAACAUUUAAACCUGGUUGGGUGACUACCACUUCUCCUCAGUCAGUUUAAUAAAUUAGAAAGAAAGAGUGGAAUUUCCAAUUAAACACAAACAAAAAUAUAAAUGGCACAAACUCAUUCAUGUGAAAAUGGAUUGAACUAUUAAAACAUAUCAUAUGUACAGUAUAUACUGAGAUGAGUUGAAGUGAAGUCUACUCUGACCCUGCUUCUGUCAAUGGGUGAAUGUUCACCAGACAUGGAAAAAUUCAAAAGAAGUCAUGUAGUAGUGUAUUAGACCUUGUGCUGUUGUAGUAUGUGUCAUUCUAGUUGUGAUGCAGUAAUUUCUAUAGUGCCUUUCACUGACACAGCCUGGCUUGAUCAAUCUACAGACACACAGGGAGAGAGCUGGGAAAAUUAACGUGAAAACAGGCAAAUAAGUAGUUUGAAUGUAUCAAAAUUUACUAGACAAUUGAGGAAUGUAUGAUCUUAAUUCAUUCAAAAUCAUGUUGGUGGUUGAAAAGCCUCAUCUUAAACUGCUUGUGUAUGUGAAUCUGUUACAUUAUUCUAACAGCUGCUGUAUGUCUGUUCACAGUGGGCUGUGUUUAAUUUCCAGUACUUUUUAACUAAUAUACCACAUUCCAAACUCUUUUAACAGCCUCACAAUUCAGCAGUACAAGUAUCCUUAUUGUGUGUCUCUUUAUUUGAGCAAGCCAGUUGCUGUCAUAGUGUUUUUGUAUCAUUCAUAUUACCAUUCACCCGUGAUUUUUUUUAAUAUGAAUUUUAAAUUUAGCAGUGGUGCCUCAGAGCUGACACAGAUAAUCUAUAGUCAACUUGUUUGCUGUAGUAUUGUGUGAAUACUAUUGUGAAAUGCCUCAGAAGCAACGCUACUGCAUUUUAAAGAAGAAAAAAGCCCAACAGAUUUUUUUGCGACUGUAGCACAAAUAAUAUUAACUUCUGAAUGUCUUUUUGUUGCCUUGCAGUUUUGUACUUGCUCUGCUCCCUUUAAACUUUGAAAUAGGGUUAUAGAGGUUGCAUAGUGCUGCAGUUCAUGUCAAGUGUGUAACUUGUAAAGCACCAUAUAGCUGCAAUACAGGACAGAGACUGUUUUUAACAGCCUAGCCUCAAACUGAGAAAUAUGAAUAGUCUGUGAUGUCACAUAUUGAUUAAUCUUACUGUAUAAACUGUGGGCUGGACACCGGGUCAAGGCUAGGUUUGAAAUGCUUUCUUAACCUAUAAUCUGUGAUAGAUAAGUGGAUGGUGUGUCUGAAAUCCCCAACUGCAUCUGCUACAAUGGCAUGAAGUGAUAAUGCACAAAAUAUCCACUAAAUAACAAGUUUUCAGAUAUAGCCAAUGAUGCCUUCAAGACAAAACUUCCUCCUUUUAAUGCAGUACUCACCCCCCUUUGAGCACUCCAAUAAGUUAAAUAGGAAUCAACAAAAGCACUCUUUUGUCCCGCAGUACACAUUCAGAAACCUUACUGGCCUGGGACUGAUUUGAUGGAAAGGAGACUAAAACAGCAGUACAUUGAUUAGCACAAGGAAUGCUUGUGUUUUGAGCAUAUUAUGGUCCACUCCCAAGCAGUCACAUUCCUUGUAAACAUAACUAUAACACAAACUGUUGGAGCAUUGCCUCCAAACCAAAAUGUAAAACCGAGUUAAACAUAGACUUAUUGGGUCCUGAAGUGCACUUCCCAGAUAAUGCCGUGGCAUCAAUCGUGGCGCUGACCAGUCCUGCCUUAUACCGCCUCUUGAGUAUUUCAGAGAGGAAAUUGUCAUCAUCAGAAUGUAACCGGUUAAACAAACAGAUGCUGUGCAGGUGAUUUUAAUAACACAAUAUCUAUGGGAGAAGCACUUUCCUAUCCUGUAUACAUCUUGAUUCAUCAAACAUAUUUAGACAAUUCAUUUUGGAUUUAGACUGGUGACCCUUUUUAUUUAAAUACACUGUUUUUAUUUUGUGUAGGAUCUGUCUUCAUUUUUUUGUCAUCUGGCACUUGUUGUUCUUCUGAAAAUCUGUAAAUAAUGUUCGAGGAGUCAAUUAAACAGUUUUCGUGGGA